AUGGAGGAGAUUCGUGGGAUCCUGGCUUCUGUGGACAAGAAAAAUGGCCUACACCAGAGGAGGAAAACUGAAACUGAAGAGAAGAGGGAAAACAAAUCCAUUUCUUUUGAAGGAUCAGACGUCUGUGAAACUCCAAUCCUGGAAGCAACAAGAAAAAAGAACAUUCACAAUAGGAAGACACAGAGGAACAGCUCUUGGGAUAUAAAGACUCAGAAGGUUCAUAUUAGCGAGUGUGAAAAACAAUUCAGUUUCAACACACAACUUAAGUUGUAUCAAAGAGUUCAUACUGGGGAGAAGACCUGUAAAUGCUUAGAAUGCGGGAAGAGCUUUGCUCACAGCGCAAGCGUUAAGCGGCAUGAAGGAAUUCACACUGGGGAGAAGAACUAUAAAUGCUUUGAGUGUGGGAAAACCUUUCUUCUGAGCGCACACCGUAAGCAGCAUCAACGAAUUCACACUGGGGAGAAGCCCUAUAAAUGCUUAGAAUGCGGGAAGAGCUUUGCUCAGAGCGUUACACUUAAGGAGCAUCAACGAAUUCACACUGGGGAGAAGCCCUAUAAAUGUUUAGAGUGCGGAGAAAGCUUUGCUCACAGAACAAACCUUAAGCAGCAUCAAGGAAUUCACACUGGGGAGAAGCCCUAUAAAUGCUUAGAAUGCGGGAAGAGCUUUGCUCUUAGCACAAGCCUUAAGCUGCAUCAAAGAAUUCACACUGGGGAGAAGCCCUAUAAAUGCUUAGAAUGCGGGAAGAACUUUGCUCAGAGCACACACCUUAAGCAGCAUCAGGGAAUUCACACUGAGGAGAAGCCCUAUAAAUGCUUAGAAUGCAGGAAGAGAUUCGCUCACAGCACAAGCCUUAAGCUGCAUCAACGAAUUCACACUGGGGAGAAGCCCUAUGAAUGCUUUGAGUGCGGGAAGAGCUUUCCUUACAGCACAAGCCUUAAGCGGCAUCAACGACUUCACACUGGGGAGAAGCCCUAUAAAUGCUUUGAUUGCGGGAAGAGCUUUGCUCAGAGCAUACUCCUUAAACUGCAUCAAAGAAUUCACACUGGGGAGAAGCCCUAUAAAUGCUUAGAGUGCGGGAAGAGCUUUUCUAGCAGCUCAAGACUUAAGCGGCAUAAGGGAAUUCACACUGGGGAGAAGCCCUAUAAAUGCUUAGAGUGUGGGAUGAGCUUUGCCCACAGCACACACAUUAAGUGGCAUCAAAGAAUUCAUACUGGGGAGAAGCCCUAUAAAUGCUUAGAGUGUGGAAACAGCUUUGCUCGGAGCAUGCACCUUAAGCAGCAUCAAAGAAUUCACACUGGGGAGAAGCCCUAUAAAUGCUUAGAGUGCGGAAAGAGCUUUGCUCAGAGCUCAUACCUUAAGCAGCAUCAAAGAAUUCACACUGGGGAGAAGCCCUAUGAAUGCUUUGCGUGCAGGAAGAGCUUUGCUUUUAGCAGUAGCCUUAAGCGGCAUCAAAGAAUUCACACUGGGGAGAAGCCCUAUGAAUGCUUUGAGUGCAGGAAGAGCUUUGCUUUUAGCAGUAGCCUUAAGCGGCAUCAAAGAAUUCACAGUGGGGGAAGCCCUAUAAAUGCUUAGUGUAGCAUUUAUAUCAUAGAAUAGUAGAGUUGGAAGGGGCCUAUAAGGCCAUCGAGUCCAAGCCCCUGCUCAAUGCAGGAAUCCACCCUAAAGCAUCCCUGACAGAUGUUGUGCAGCUGCCUCUUGAAUGACUCUAGUGCGGGACAGCCCACAACCUUCCAAGAUAACUGUUUUCAUUGUCGUACUGCUCUAAAAGGAAGUUUUUCCUGAUGUCCAGCCGGAAUCUGCCUUCCUGUAACUUGAGCCCAUUAUUCUGUGUCCUGCAUCCUGGAAUGAUCGAGAAGAAAUCCUGGCCCUCCUCUGUGUGACCACCCUUCAAGUCAUUGAGGAGUGCUAUCCUAUCUCCCCUCAAUCUUCUCCAGGUUAAAUAUGCCCAGUUCUUUCACUCUCUCCUCAUAGGGCUUUGUAUCCAGACCACUGAUCAUCCUCUGAACAUUAGGGUGACCAUGUUUUGAAAACCAAAAAGGGGGACAACGUGGUCAGCCCCAAACAGGGUGUGUCCAGCACCACGGGGGCGUGCCCACCCGAACAUCAUCUUGGUCACUGCCACGACACAGGCUCUGAACACCAGGCCUGGCCACGGCUACUCCCUGCUCAAGCCAAGCACCACUGCUUGAUAUGCCUGAGGCGAGGGACAAGCACCGCCUUUCUCCAAACUAUGUGGCGAAAGGGGUUAAAUGGAGAAGGUUUUCAAUAAUAAACUAGAACACUGUGAGUUAUAUGUGCUGAGGUGAAUUAUUGUCAGAGUGAGUCUAGAUGUAUAAACUUCAGAUGAUAAAUGCCAAACAGAGACGUGGGAUUUUUGUGGUAGUUAAAACGAAAUAAUUAAAAUUAAUUUUGCAA